GACAAGGGGAAAUUGCCAUUCCUUCACACUGCGGCCAGAUGGAGCGCCAGUCCUCUUCACAUGAUAAGUCUGCUGAUGGACCACAGUGCUGAGAUUAACGCUGUUGACCCCGAAGGAAAUACAGCUCUUCACGUGGCAGUGGAAGCUGGCAGAGUAGAGGCUGUGUACGGCCUGCUGAAGUUCUGCCCGGAUCUCUCCCUCCGUAACUCCCAAAAUAAAACAGCAAUUGAUCUCCUCCUUCCUGUCAAUGGGUCCUCAACAAACACCACAUCGCAGCCAAGUGACACGACCUCACAGCCAAGUGACGAUCCCAUUAGUGAGACAGAAAAACCAGUAAAGGGACUGAUGUUGCAACUAUUUGCCACAUCAUCUUCAUAUAAUGACACAUGUUUUGCCACCUCUCACCUCUCUUAUGAUAAAACAGCAAUUGAUCUCCUCCUUCCUGUCAAUGGGUCCUCAACAAACACCACAUCGCAGCCAAGUGACACGACCUCACAGCCAAGUGACGACCCCAUCAGUGAGACAGAAGAACCAGUAAAGGAACUGAUGUUGCAACUAUUUGCCGCAUCAUCUUCAUUUAAUGACAUGUUUUGCCAGCGUCAGUCUCACCUCUCUAAUGGUAAAUGUUACGUUUAG